ACAGAACACUGCUCAAUUUGUGUGGACCAAACAUGGCCCUAUUUGAUAUGGCGCAGACUGCGGCGGGCACACCCAAGGUGAAGUUGUCUGAUGGACUCGUUCAGAACCUGGCGGUUGGAAAAGUCUACCGGGACCACAAAGGCACUGUCAGUGGGAUGGAUUUUACUUACGAUGGGCAGUAUUUGGUCACAUCCGGUGAGGACAACAGCGUUUAUGUGUACUCUUGUGAGAAAGCAUCGCGAGUGCGACAUUUGCGCUGCGAGAAGUACGGUGUGGCUCUGAUCCGCUUCCUGCACAAUGACAGGGACUGUGCAAUAGCAGCUUCCAGAAAUGAGGCUGAUCAUGUCUUGAAGUAUUGGGACUUCCACGACAACAAGUACCUGCGUCUGUUCCGCAGCCAUACGGGCAAGGUGACAUCAGUUAGCCCGCAUCCCUAUGAGGAUUUAUUCCUGUCCGGAGCAGAGGACAAGUGCGUGCUGCUGUGGGACUUGAGACAGGACCGGCCGGUGGCCAAAAUUAAUGGCCAGGGCACCACAGUUGCGAGUUUUGACCAGCAGGGACUCGUCUUUGCCGCUUGCGUGGGUCAGCCAAAGUUGCACCUCUUCGACACGCGCAACUAUGCCAAAGGAGAAUUCACUUCCUUCGACUUGAGACCACAUCUCAAGGAUCCUGCCAACAGUGUUCAGUUCAGCCCCUGCGGCAAGUACGUGCUUGUCCGGAGUCAGUCGCAGCUGGUGCUCAUUGACGCCUAUGAUGGCGAGCUGAUCUGCGAAUACCCAGUGGACGCAGGAUCCGCCACGGCCGUGCCGGGGUUUUCGCCGGAUUCGCAGUAUGUGGUGAGCGGCAUGGGCAACGGAGACGUUUGUGUCUGGGGCGCUACGAAUGCGCGACUGGUGAACAAGCUGGAGGGUCAUACAGCCCUGCCAUGCCGUACGUGCUUCAGCCCCGCGCACGCACUGGUGGUCACAGCAGCUGAAACCCUGGCCUGGUGGAUACCAGACACGGGCCCACCCGCUUCAUGAUUCCUGAGUGCGGCAUGCUUCGUCUCACCGUGGAAUGCACAGGUCUUAUUGUACGUGGUCGUUGCGUUUAGUUUGGGAUUGACAUGAUCGAAGGUUGCUACCCGAUUGUUUGUGGGGCUUGAGGGACGCAAAUAGAGAAA